AUGUGUUGUACAGGAAAGUGUGCACGGUUAGUGGGUUUAAUAUUGUUGCCCUCUGCAUUUCUGUGUAUGAUAGCCAACCUGCUGUUGUUCUUCCCCAAUGGCAAUGUUUUGGAAAAUGAUCAGAUCUCCCUACAGGUCUGGCUGAUGGGAGGAUUCUUCGGUGGAGGCUUGUUUAUGCUCUGUCCAAGCUGUUCGGCUAUCAGAGCUGGUGGAAAAGGUUGCUGUGGGAAGGGCUGCUGUGGAAAUCGUUGCCGUAUGCUGAGCUCUGUGUUUUCCUCUGCAUUUGGUCUAAUUGGGGGAAUAUACAGCACCAGCGUGGCAUCUGCAGCACUGGCUAUUGGCCCAAAAUGCCGUGUGGACUCAGAGAAAUGGGAUUAUCCUUUUGAGAACUUGCCCCACAAUACUUCCAGCUACUUGGUGAAUGAAUCUCAGUGGUCUCUCUGUGUUUUCCCGGAAAAUGCUGUCCUCUGGCACAUUGUUCUCUUUUCCAUUGUACUAGGUCUGGGGGUCAUACAGGUCGUGCUGCUUGGGAUCCAGGUCAUUAAUGGCUGCAUUGGCUUUAUAUGCGGAGACUGUCGAGAAAGCCCUAAGGAUGAUGGAGGAUUGUGAAUGGAAGAUAUUAUCAAGACAAAAUCAAGGACUCAAAUUCCAUAAUUCAUAUUUUGUUCCCUAAUAG